AUGGCCUCUCAUCAGGAGCGCACCCUGCCUUCUAAGCACAAUCCUCUCAUGACAGAGGAUGUCCCGGAUUACACGGAUUUGGUCGCGCGUAGACGUCUCGGACAAACCAAGCUGACACCUAAGAUGGCCGGCACUGGUGAAACUGAGCAGGCGGCUCUUGGCGUUUUCGAUUAUGCGCAUCUCCGAGCCCCCCUUCCCAAGGGUAUCGUCUCGGGCAUCUUCAAGUCGAGCCCGAGUAGCUACUUCUUGAUGCGACGCAGCUUCGACGGUUACGUCUCGGCGACCGGCAUGUUUAAAGCGAGCUUCCCUUACGCUGAGGCAUCCCAUGAGGAGGCAGAGCGAAGGUACAUCAAGUCUCUUCCUACUACGAGCCCCGAAGAGACUGCCGGCAACAUUUGGAUCCCUCCGGAGCAGGCUCUUGUCCUCGCCGAGGAGUACAAGAUUGCUCCUUGGAUUCGCGCGCUUCUCGAUCCCGCCAAGAUCACCGUGACCACAACUCCAGACUCUUCUUCGCCCAAGAAGAGCAUUACCGCCCCUCCCAAGUUUGAUCUUGCCAAGGCUUCGCAUCCUGUGCUGGCACCCCCCACCCCUUCGAUUAUUCCUCGAAGCACUCGAUCUCGUCGUUCUGCUAGCCCCACAAAGAGCACAAGGCGCGCCCCUGCCUCGCCUCGAAAGCGAAGCACCCGCGCCAAGGCCGAGACCAUCGAGACGAUCACUGAGAAGACCGAUCUCGUAAAUGGUGUGGCCGAGACCGAGGCCAAGCUCGAGGAGACCAAGCGGGAGGACAUUGUCCUUCAAUCGACAGAGUCCGAACCAGCUAUCGUUCUGGAGCCUAGGGAAGAGGACCCCAAGGUCAAAGUGCACGUUGAGGAGGAUAUCGUGAAAGAUGAGGACGGCGUGGAAAUGAAGCGCACUAUCACAGAAGUGGAGCUUCCUCUGCCCACAGCGGGCGAGCCUCCAACUGCCGAAGAGAUUGCCCAGAUGAUGGAAGCAGCCAAGGAGAUGGUCCAGAAGACCAAGGAGGUCGAAAUCAAGGCCGACGAGGUCGAUGAGGCCCCAGGUUCAGCCAAGAAGAGCAAGCGAAAGGCUGCAGAUAUUUCUGUUGGUGACAAGGAGACAGAAAAGACUUUAGAGGAGGCGCCUCGGUCGAAAAAGGUGAAGACCGAGACGGAACUAAGGAAAGAGAAGGUGAAGAACCGGGCGUUACUUGGCCUGGGUGCCACGGUUGCAGUUGGCGCGAUUGUUCCUUGGCUUAUGAACUUUAUCUAA